AUGUUGCGUGAAUAUCUGCUGCUGCCGUUGCUGGCCUCUUUUACCGCAGCUUAUACGAUCUCAGUUGCAAAAUCUGGUGGCAAUGUCACUACAAGCACCCAGUAUGGUGUCAUGGAAGAGGAAAUUAACCACGGUGGUGAAGGAGGCCUAUAUGCAGAGCUGAUUCGCAACCGCGCCUUCCAAGGGAGUUCGCUCUACCCGUCAAACCUAGAUGCCUGGUCCACUGUUGGUGAAUCGACAAUGGCCCUCCAGAAUCUAAGCAAGCCACUUUCUUCCGCUCUUCCUACCUCUGUCAAAGUAUCAGGAAAGGGCACAAUUGGUCUAAAGAAUGAGGGGUGGUGGGGAAUUGACGUGCGGUCUCAGAAGUAUUCCGGAUCGUUUUAUGUCAAGGGUUCCUACAAGGGCUCUUUCACCGCAUCACUUGAGUCCAAUAUUACCGGAAAGACACUGGCUAGUGUUGAGGUGACUUCUAAGAGUGUUGCCAACGAAUGGGUGCAGCACGAGUUUACACUUACCCCGAAGUCCAAAGCUGCCAAUGUCAAUAACACAUUCUCGCUGACGUUUGACGCCUCGAAAGCCACUGGUGGCUCCCUGGAUUUCAACUUGAUCAGCCUGUUCCCACCAACAUGGAAUAACCGUCCCAAUGGCUUGCGAACUGAUCUAAUGCAGGCCAUGAGUGAUAUGGGACCGACAUUCCUUCGGUUCCCAGGUGGAAACAAUCUCGAAGGCGAGACGAUUGACACCCGCUGGAAGUGGAACGAGACCCUUGGCCCACUCAAAGACCGCCCUGGCCGUCCUACUACCUGGGGCUACGAAGAGACAGGCGGAAUGGGACUUAUUGAGUACAUGCAGUGGUGUGAUGAUCUCGGCAUGGAGCCUAUUCUGGCUGUUUGGAGUGGCCUCGCCCUGAAUGAGGACAUUGUCUCCGAGGAAGACAUUGGAAUCUACGUCGAAGAUGCCCUUAAUGAGAUUGAGUUCCUCACCGGCUCUGUCGAUACCGAGUAUGGUGCUCUUCGAGCGAAAUACGGAUACCCUGACCCGUGGACCAUCAAUUUUGUCGAGGUCGGUAAUGAAGACAACCUCAAUAACGGCCUGGAUUCCUACAUUGCAUACCGAUUCGCUGCUUUCUACGAUGCCAUCACAGAGAAAUACCCCAGCAUCCAGGUUCUUGCAUCGACCAUUGAUAUGACACUUCCUGGCUCUGCCGGUGGUGAUUUCCAUCUGUAUGACGUUCCGGAUAACUUUGUUGCAGCCUUCAACCAGUUUGAUCAGUAUACCGACGCGCAUCGCAUCCUCCUAGGUGAGAUUGCCGCUACUGAGUACAACAAUGGCGUUGGUAUUGACUGGUCUGAUUACCAUUUCUCACUUUACCCCUGGUGGAUUGGCUCGGUUGCCGAAGCUGUUUUCUUCUUGGGCGCAGAGCGGAACGCAGACAAAAUCAUCGGAACGACAUAUGCACCUUACUUCAUGAACAUUAACUCCUAUGAGUGGAGUCCGACCAUGUACUCUUUCGAUGCUGAUCCAGAUAGCACCGCUCGUUCUACGAGCUGGCAUGUGUAUAGUUUGUUCAACCACAACCAUAUAACCAACACUCUGCCCACAACAUCCGCCGAUGCCUACGGUCCGCUCUACUGGGUUGCUGGCUUGAACAACAAGACCAACUCGCAUAUCUGGAAGGGAGCUGUAUACAACAGUACCGAGACUGUCCCGGUUUCAUUGACCUUCGAGGGUGUUGCAAAGGGAACAAAGGCUGACCUGACUAUCUUGACCGCUCCUGAUGCUUUCUCAAUGAAUGGUGUCGGAGAGGCUAACCUUGUGAACUCCAAGACCACAACCAUCAAGGCAGGCAAGAGCGGAGUUUUCAGCUUCAGUCUGCCUAACCUUAGUGUUGCGGUGCUUACUACCAACUGA